AUUCUAGAAAACAAUUUUCAUUCUCCUUUCUUUCAAGAAUUUCUUCACAAGCUCAUUUCCGAUUCCAAUUCCAAUUUCCAUUUCAAUUAUCCUUAUUUCCGAUUUCAUUCUCAUUAUCCUUCUGCUUAAUUUCUCUGAACUUUCGAUUGAAGGUUCUCCUCAUUUUCUCUCCGAUUGAAAGUUAAAUUUUUGUUUUCAUUUCCUCUUAAAAGUUUAGGGUUUCUGAUUGCAUCUCCAAUAAAAUGCAGUUUUUUUUAUUGGGGGCAUUCAGUCCAGGUUUGGUGUUACUCGAGACCAAGGCUUUGGUGAUUUGUACUCCACUCCGGUGGCUGCGUAGACAUUUCCUAGCAACCUCUGCGACUCCGAUCUCCCUCUCUCUUCCGGGACACUAAUUACUCAAGUCGCAGGUGACUAGUAUUGUGGCAAUUAUCCGCAACAGAUGAGUGUUAUUGAGUUGAAGAGCCUGAGAAGGUAUGGUCAUGCAAAUCAUCCAGCAAACCUGAUACUACUUCAUCUGUUAUCAAGCAAAGAGACAUUUCUGUGAACAAGGUGGUUAAAGAAGAGGGAAGUUCAGCUGAUGAGAUGAAACAAAUAUUGAAUAGUGUGGACCAUGAAGCACAGGGUUUCCUCGCCACAAAAAAAAUUGAUGCUGCCAUAUUGAAUAGAGAAUACCAUAAAAAGGCCAUGCUUGUCCAUCUUGAUAAAAAUAUGGGAAGUCCUUUGGCAAGUGAAUCAUUUAAGAAACUUCAAUGCGCUUAUGAGGUUCUUUCUGAUUCUAUGAAGAAGAGAGAAUAUGAUGAGCAACUGAGUGAGGAAGAAUUGAGGACUAAGAGUGUUUGUCAAAAGUCCAAUGGUAAUUCAUGGCAGGUAAUUUACUAAUUUAAUUUGCUUCUAGUGUUGUUCUUGUAUUUUCCAGAUUUAAUUUCAUUUCAUUGGUGAUUCUUAUAAUAUUUAUUAAAAAUAGUUGUGUAAAUAGGAUAAUUUGUAUGAUUCAAAUCACUUUAUUUAUCAUUGUCACAGUCUCAAUAUUUUAUAUUUUGAAAUUGAAACCAUUGUAUUUUGGAU